AUCCGGCAGAAUGGGAUGACGGUGAAUCCUGCUAGUGUGCUGUGAAUGUGAAGCAGGAGGGACUGGCAGUUUGUGUGCAGGAGGGAAAGCGAAUAGGUCCAGGGCCCCCGGAUUAGCAGACUGAGGAAAGGCCUCUGUGUUUUCAGCUGGCUUGCAACCCCAAGAGGUGUACAAAGCCCUGGAUCAUAACUUUUCAAACAAAUUUGGAGAGAAAUUAAAUAUAGCUGAAAAACUACACGCACGUAGAAACGUUCCCUGAGACCAGUGACACCAUUGUUCAGCCUCGGUCUUGCUGAGAAGGUUUCCAGACAACACUGCAACAAUGAAUUUCCUCCGGAGGCGUCUCUCCGACAGUAGUUUCGUGGCAAAUUUGCCCAAUGGCUACAUGAUGGACUUGCAGCGCCCCGACAACUCCACGAGCUCCCCGGUUUCUCCUGCCACAGAGCGAAAGCAUCCACAGCCACCGCAGCCCUCACACUCCUCCUCUACUGGCAGCAGCAUCUUCAGCUCCAUCUCCAGUGCCAUGAAGCAAACCACACAAGCGGCUGCAGGACUAAUUGAUCACUCAGCCAGCCCCGCGCCACCUGUGGCCCAGAAACCCAAGAUCCUCCUGGUGAUCGAUGAUGCACACACAGACUGGGCCAAAUAUUUCCAGGGGAAGAAGGUGAAUGGAGAAUUUGAUAUCCGAGUGGAACAGGCUGAGUUCUCCGAGCUGAACCUGGCUGCUUACGUCACAGGUGGCUGCAUGGUGGACAUGCAGGUCAUGAGGAAUGGCACCAAGGUGGUAAGGUCCUUCAAGCCUGACUUUGUCCUGAUCCGGCAGCACGCCUACAGCAUGGCGCUGGGAGAAGACUUCCGCAGCCUUAUCAUCGGCCUCCAGUAUGGUGGCAUCCACACGGUCAACUCCCUCUACUCCAUCUACAACUUCUGCAGCAAGCCCUGGGUGUUCUCUCAGCUCAUUAAAAUCUUCAACUCGCUGGGUCCUGAGAAGUUCCCCCUCGUGGAGCAAACAUUCUUCCCAAGUCAUAAGCAGAUGCACACAACUCCGAAUUUCCCCGUUGUGGUCAAGCUGGGACAUGCUCAUGCUGGAAUGGGGAAGGUCAAAGUUGAGAACCAGCACGACUUCCGGGACAUGGCCAGCAUAGUAGCCAUGGCAAAAACCUAUGCCACCACCGAGCCAUUCAUUGACUCCAAGUAUGACAUCCGAAUCCAGAAAAUUGGCAGCAACUACAAGGCUUACAUGAGGACGUCCAUCUCUGGAAACUGGAAGGCAAACACAGGUUCUGCGAUGCUAGAACAGAUUGCAAUGACAGAGAGGUACAGACUCUGGGCGGAUGCCUGCGCGGAAAUGUUUGGAGGUCUUGACAUCUGUGCUGUCAAAGCUGUCCACAGCAAAGAUGGAAAAGACUACAUCAUUGAGGUGAUGGACAGCUCAAUGCCCCUGAUUGGGGAGCACAUUGAAGAGGACAGACAGCUUAUAGCCGAUCUGGUGGUUUCCAAAAUGACUCAGCUUGUCAUCACUGGUGGAUCUACGCCAUCACCACUGAGGCCUUGGCCUCCACAAGUUCAACCUGCAUCAAUGAAAUCUCAGACCGGACCUCAGCUUGGACAACUGUCCCAACCACGGCCUCCUCCCCAAGGUGGACCACGUCAGCCUCAGGGAUCUCAGCCUGCAAGGACAAACGCACCUCCACAGCAGCGGCUCUCUCCUCAAGGACAGCAGCCCCAGAGUCCCCAGUCCACUUCACCCCAGCAGCAAAGGUCACCUGGAUCUCCACAGCAAGUCCGAUCAGCAACUGGGUCCUCUCCAGUCCAGGCUUCCAAGGCAGGCGUGUUCCCUCCACAGCAGCCUAGACCUCCCGCUCAAGGCCGGGCUCCUAGCCAGCCAAGCCCCACCGAAACGUCCAAACAGCAAGCCACCCCACACCCACAUCUGAACAAAUCGCAGUCCCUGACAAACACCUUCAGCAUAACUGAGUCAUCUCAGCGGGGAAAUGCCAAUGAAGACGAAGCAAAAGCUGAGACCAUCCGCAACCUGAGGAAAUCAUUUGCAAGCCUGUUUUCCGAUUAACAGCCCUGCAGCUGGGUCUCUGCUUUUGUCAGCCCUCAUUCUUCAUAUCAGCGUAUCUGAUGUCAUCCUGGAACACACUCAAUGGUACCCAGCGAUUUACAACUAGCUGGGUAAAUGGAAUUUAAAAAACUAUAGUUGUUUUAAUACAGAGGAAAUAUUCUAAUAACGGUCUGAAAAGUGACUGUAUAAAAGUGGCACAAUUUCAUUGUUUUUUUGUGCAUAACCAGAAUCACAUCUGUUCAAAUGACUGAGUCGUAAAGCAAAUUUUACUCUUGCUAACCCCUGUGGAGUCAACACAAUUAUGACAGUGCAAACUAGAUUUUAUUUUCAUUUGUAUAUAGUCAAUACAAUUGCUAACUUCCAAUUCCUUAUUGAGGUCAAGCCAAAAAAAAAAAAUAAUACAGGCUUAUGUCAGAAACAAAUGUGCAAAAACAGAGUCAAGACUAUGUAUUCAUUGACUGAUAAAGUGAGCAUGCUCAAGCAUGGAAACAAAGCGAACUGUGGAACUUCAUGAUACCAACUUUAUAAGAAGUCACUUUUCAGAGCAAAACUACAUUCAAGUUAAAUACCAUACAGGGCAUCAGUAAGCGCCAAAGAUCACAUGAGCAGGUCAUCCAGAUGGACUGAUAGUUUGUUCCAGAUCACUCAGCUCAUAGCAGAUAAAAUGUCUCUGUUUCAUGCCUUGCAUUUACGUCCCCUGCACGUGAUUCCUGAGUUCUGAGAGAAAAAUGUCAUGUUCUAACCCUGUAGCCUUAGCUCAAAAAUAACCUGAGAAAUGGGCCUUCCACACAAAAAACAACUUCUUCCCCUGCCCUUGGAAACACCAGAGUUCACAUUCACAGUUCACACAAAUUCCAGACAAAACCCAGCUAAACUCCAAGCACUUUGGUGACUUGGUCACAUCUGGCUAAGUAUGUCCCCCAGGAACAUGCUUAAUUACUAGCAGAGCUGAUGAAGUGCACAUACUUGUGUGCUGAGUGUUCCAUAAUACCAAAUGGACAGAGAGAUGGAGUGAAAUCCUGUCUCCCUCCUUGAACUCCCAUUGACUUCACUGGGGUGAGUGCAACAUGAAUGCAAGGUGACAAACCUGCAAUAGAAAAGGAAAACUAUCCUUUACAAAUAAGAUGAGCUGGGGUCCAUACAGAGACACUAAACCCUGGGAAGCCACAUAUGGGAUUGUCCCAAGCAGGUAAAUGAUCACUAUUAGUUCUUGCUGACGCCCCCUAAGAAUUAUUCUUCCCAAGAAGACAGAGGUGGAUCUUUGCCAGGUGUGCUUUUCCUCUAAGCCUGCAACAGAGAAUGAAGCUGCGAAUGGACACAUACACUAGAACUGGGACACAGCAAAAACCAGGAACGACACAAGUUGCAUUCACGAUUGAAAAAAAUCAUCCUGAGUAAAUCAAUGUAUCUAUGGCUAUUUCUACCAGCUGAGAACCUACCCCUUACACUGUGCUAGCUCUAUUUAUAAAACACCUGAUGCAGGUGCCAGUCCCCAUCCCACCUCCUUGUCUUUUCCUCAAGUUUUGUCAAGUACUUUAAUCACAAACCGUGCAUACAGCUCCAAGGCCAGAUUUUUGGCCCUGUGCUUCCCUUAGCAACUUCACCUUAGUGACACUUAGGAAUGCCCAGAGUGGUCAGCAAGUUACAAACAUUUGAGCCAACAGCACAGAUCUUUGCUGUCACUUAAAAACAGAGAUCACCAGAGCAGCAAAAACAGCAGCAGCACUUGCCAUCUUGGAUCUUAUAAUUCACUGGUGGGAAUAAAGCCAAACAAACAAUUCCUUCCUGCACAGCACCUGUAACGAACAUCCAAAUUCAAUGCAGUCAUCUGGACCUUGUAUGACCUACCCCUGUGCAGGCCUUUACACAUAUAAUGGCUUUUGUGACCCAUGCACUUUCAGGCAAGUAACAGCAUAGCUUUUCCAGGCUGAAAGGCUCUCGAGAGACUCCUCUGGAUCAAUGAUUUAUACCUGAAGUUCAGUAUUACAGAACCACCCUAUUCCCUCAUGAUUUAUCUUUUUUUUUUUCCCUUCCAGUUCUGUGUUGUCCUUCCAGGUUUGCUAAGCAGUUUACAACGUAGCAUCAUAAAUACAUGUCAUUAUUUGAGAAAAAAAACAGACCCUGAUGUUUUGCAGUCUCCAGGAGCAAUAAAAGAGUGACAAAUGGCCUUGAGCAAGCACUGUCCCACUGGCAAGAACAAUAGCAGAUUAACAGGCUUCACUAUAUGGAGAGGAGGUAAUACAACCCUGGUGGGAGAGGAUUUCCUUCUAUAACACUUCCCUCAGCAUGGUUUAUGACUUUCCCUAUUAAAUGGUCAUCAGAGAUGCAAAGGCAGAAAUAAAAGUUUACUGCCAGAA